UAGUAAGCGUUAUGAUACGUAUGAUUUUGCGUCCCAACGAAAAUUUAAAGUCUAUUGAUCAUCAAUAUUAAAUAUUAAUGGAAUUAGUAACUCGUUUCACAAAUACUACCUUUAAACUUAAGCAUUUCCUAUGCAUAAAAUGUUUUUUCCGAAAGUAAAUGGUUCAAUUUGUAGAUACUUACGAGGUCAUAGCAUUCACUCAUAUAGAUUUUUAUCGACUCCACUGAAACGUCAAACACCUGAAUUGUCGAAUGUUUUAACUCAGCCGUUCGUGCAAUAUUUGCCAAAUCUGUCCAUUACUCGGAUGUGUCAUGCCAAGCCAACUGAAUUGACUCCAAGUGAAAAAUUAAAAAAGGCCGCGAAAGAAUAUGGUUCAGUGUUAAUAGUGUUCCAUGUUGGUAUCUCAUUAAUAUCAUUGGGUUCAAUGUAUUUUUUCAUUUCAACCGGUGUUGAUGUCCAACAGUGGAUUGGUUGGAUAGGUAUGUCAGGUGCAGAUGAAAACACUAAAAUUGUAGCUGGAGCCAGUCAGUUUAUUAUUGCGUAUGCCAUACACAAAUCUUUAGCACCAGUUCGCAUUUCAAUAACACUUGUAUCUGUACCAUUAAUUGUUCGUUAUCUUAGGGCUAAAGGCAUAAUGAAAAAAUAAAUGUUACAUUAAUUGUUAUAAAUAUUUUG